AAGAAAGACUCUCUAAUAAUUUGCUUUAUUUAUGUUUUUUAGAGCAGAAAAUAUUUUCAAAUGAAAAAUUAUAAUUAAAAUUUAAAAAAUUUUAUUAAAAAAUGUAGAAUCAAAUAAUUAAGUACUUAGUUAACUUAGAAAAGGACUAGUUUAUAAAGCGCCUUUAAGAAAGUAUAAAAUUCAUAUAACAGGCAAUAUAUUACAAUAGUAAGUACCUAGACAAUGAGCUUGAACUUUCUAUUUGCUACUCUAUGUUUUUUAGGGGAUUAAUUUACUAGCUGAACUAGAGUCAUAAUUUUUUAAAUACAAAUGAAUCAAGUAUUUCUACAGAAAACAUAUGCCUAAUACCUAAGGAGAAUUUGGAUUUUAAUGCCCAAGGAGUUAGCUUUCUAAUUGUAAUUAAAGCUAUACAAAGUAAUGAGAUGAGUUUAGAUGAAGCAUCAGAGUAAUUAUAGUUAAAAGCUCAGUAAGGAAUAUAAGAAAUAUAUUAAAAUAAAUUUGACUGUAUACUUGAAAAAUAUAGCCCAAAUUCUAAUAAAGUAUUUAUAUCUCUAGCUUUUUACAAAGACUUUGUUGAUGUAAUAAUUAAAUCAAAGCUAAAUUAAGAUUAUGAUAAAUAAAAUGAAUGGAAUAAUAUUCUUAAUCAAAUCAAUAAAAAAUAUAAUUUAGAAACUGAUUAACAAAAGGAAAUUGCUAAAUAAAAAAUUGUUAAAAUAUAAUUUCUAUAAAAUAAAGUAGUACUUCCAUAAAGUAAAGAAGAUAAUAAUAAAGAUGAUAUAGAAAAAAUGAAUAAUUAAUAUGAAAUUCUAAGUUUAAAUUUAUAGCAAUUAUAACAAAACAAUUAAAGCACUUCAGAUUCCUCUUAAUAAGAUGAUAAAAUUGAAAGAUUAAAUUGUGAGAAAGAAAAUGAGAAUUUUGUUGAAGAACAAAUAUAAAAGAAAGUAAUUAUUUUAAAAAAAUCUUUGAUUUUUAAGGAGGAAGAAAAAUAAGACAAUAUUCAAAAAGAAAAACGUCUAAAUCUAAAUUAAGAUAAUAAUUCUAUCUUAAAGUAUGUUAUAAAAAAAGUAUAGAGCAAAAAAAUAGAUUUAAUUAAGAAAUAAGUUAGAUUUCUAGAGCAAAAAAAUUAAAAACCAAAAGAGUAUAAGCAAGAUUAGGUAAGCAGCAAGAGAAAACGUAAAAAUAAAAAAGAAUAUAAAUAAAAGUAUACCAAAAAAAUAAAAAAAUGAAUGAAAAUAAAUAAACAAUUUUAUAAUUUAUAAAAUUUUUAAUUUUUUGUUAAAUAUUUACUUGUUUUUCAUAUUGUUAAUUUAAAUAAAUCAAAUGUUUGUUUCAACUACAAUUC